AUGUCGGCCACAGGGCGGAGCUGUGCGCUGCCCCAGAAGAUAGGAGAAGAUCUGCCCACCACAGAAGCAGCAAAGCGUGAGGGGACAACUUCCCAAACGGUGAACCCUGAGCAACUAGGCGGACAGAUGGAGAGCUGGCAGGCAGCGACUGCCUAUGGAGAAAUGGGUCCGGGAGGGAUUAAUGCCAUCGCUGGAGUCCUUGUUCAGUCCAGCAAGGAGAAGAUGAGCCUCUACCAGGCCAUGAUGAGAGGUGUUCUCACGCCGGGCACUGCGCUGGUGCUGCUGGAGGCGCAGGCUGCCAUGGGGUUCAUCAUCGACCCAGUGAGGAACAAGAAGGUGCCAGUGAGAGAUGCACUCGCUGCUGGGCUGACAGGUGGAGAUUAUUAUGGGAAGCUGCUCUCUGCAGAGAGAGCAGUGACCGGAUACACUGACCCCUGCACAGGCAACAAGAUCUCCCUCUUCCAGGCCAUGGAGAGAGACUUGAUAGUCAAAGACCACGGCAUCCGCCUGCUGGAGGCCCAGAUCGCCACCGGAGGCAUCAUCGACCCCGUGCACAGCCACCGAAUCCCUGUGGAGGUGGCUUACAAGCGGGGCUACUUCGACCAAGAGUUGAACCGGAUCCUCUCUGACCCCCAAAAUCACAGCAGAAGCUGUUUCGACCCCAACACUCACGAGAACCUCACCUACAUGCAGCUCCUCAGCAGAUGCGUCCCAGACCCAGACACGGGGCUCCUGAUGCUUCAGCUGAUGCACAAAGGCUCCGUGCUCUUCCAGCUAGAUGAAAAAACACGAACCUGCUUACAGUCUGCCCCUGCCACCGUCAGCGUGGGACUCUUCCAGGGGCAGAACGUGACCGUGUGGGAGCUUCUCUUCUCCAGAUACGUCCCUGACCAAAAAAGGCAGGAGCUUCUGAAGAAGUACAAAGCGGGGACGCUAACCAUUCAGGAAAUGACAACCAUCAUCACCACCCUCAUCACCGAGGCAGAGCAAAAGAGCAGCAGAGAGCCCAGGCACGUGAAAAGUCCGAGCACGCAACGGGCAACGUCACAGAAGGCCGAGGCUGCCCAUUCGCAGAGAGAUGAAAAACGGGAAAAGGCCUUAAAGACUACGACAGUCGACGGGCUGGGGGGCGAGUUCCAAGGGCGAAAAGUCUCUGUGUGGGAUUUGCUCUUCUCCAAAUACAUCCCCGAAGAGAAGAGGAAGGAGCUCCUGGAGUUGCACCGAGCUGGGAUAUUAACCACGGACCAAAUGAAAACCAUCGUCACCACCAUCGUAAGCAAAACAGAGGAGAAAAGUCACCAUCUACCAGGACAUGGGGAAAGUCCCAGUGCGGAGACGACAACAUCAGAGGAAGCUGAGACUCCCGGCUCAUUGUGCGACAAACAUUUGGAAAACGCUUUGCGGUCGGAGACUGUCGAUUUUCCUGUCGGGGAAUUCAAAUGGCAGGAGGUUUCCCUGUGGGAGCUUCUCUUCUCUAGCUACAUCUCUGAAACCAAAAGACAGGAGCUUCUAAAUAAGUACAGAGCAGGGACGCUAAUCAUUCAAGAUAUGAUAACCAUCCUCACCACCAGCGUUACUGAGGCCGAAGGGAAAAGCAGAAAACUCCCCACAACUAGGAAAACCCCCAGCAAAGAGACGAGGACGCCAUCUGAGAAAGACAAAGCUGCCCCCUCCUGUGAAGAGCAACAAACGGAAAAGGCCUUAAAGUCUACCCUGGUGGAGGUGCCGGCGGGCGAGUUCCACGGGCGAAAAGUCUCUGUGUGGGAUUUGCUCUUCUCCAAAUACAUCCCCAAAGAGAAGAGGAAGGAGCUCCUGGAGUUGCACAGAGCUGGGAUAUUAACCACGGACCAAAUGAAAACCAUCGUCACCACCAUCGUAAGCAAAACAGAGGAGAAAAGUCACCAUCUACCAGGACAUGGGGAAAGUCCCAGUGCGGAGACGACAACAUCAGAGGAAGCUGAGACUCCUGGCUCAUUGUGUGACAAACAUUUGGAAAACACUUUGCGGUCGGAGACUGUCGACGUUCCUGUCGGGGAAUUCAAAUGGCAGGAGGUUUCCCUGUGGGAGCUUCUCUUCUCUAGCUACAUCUCUGAAACCAAAAGACAGGAGCUUCUGAAUAAGUACAGAGCAGGGACGCUAACCCUUCAAGAUAUGAUAACCAUCCUCACCACCAGCGUUACUGAGGCCGAAGGGAAAAGCAGAAAACUCCCCACAACUAGGAAACCCCCCAGCAAAGAGACGAGGACGCCAUCUGAGAAAGACAAAGAUGCCCCCUCCUGUGAAGAGCAACAAACGGAAAAGGCCUUAAAGUCUACCCUGGUGGAGGUGCCGGCGGGCGAGUUCCACGGGCGAAAAGUCUCUGUGUGGGAUUUGCUCUUCUCCAAAUACAUCCCCGAAGAGAAGAGGAAGGAGCUCCUGGAGUUGCACAGAGCUGGGAUAUUAACCACGGACCAAAUGAAAACCAUCGUCACCACCAUCGUAAGCAAAACAGAGGAGAAAAGUCACCAUCUACCAGGACAUGGGGAAAGUCCCAGUGCGGAGACGACAACAUCAGAGGAAGCUGAGACUCCCGGCUCAUUGUGCGACAAACAUUUGGAAAACGCUUUGCGGUCGGAGACUGUCGACGUUCCUGUCGGGGAAUUCAAAUGGCAGGAGGUUUCCCUGUGGGAGCUUCUCUUCUCUAGCUACAUCUCUGAAACCAAAAGACAGGAGCUUCUGAAUAAAUACAGAGCAGGGACGCUAACCAUUCAAGAUAUGAUAACCAUCCUCACCACCAGCGUUACCGAGGUGGAAACAGAGAGCAGGAAUCUAUGUACAAACACAGAAGUUCCCAGUAAAGUGGGGGUAACAUCAGACAAGGCUGAGGAUGCCCAUUCACAAGAGAAACACUUGAGAAAGUCCUUAAAGCGUGUGACCAUCUAUGUAAAUGCUGGUGAGUUCCAAGGGCAAAAUGUCUCCUUGUUAGAUCUUCUCUUCUCUAAACACAUCCCUCAAGAGAAGAGGCAGGAGCUCCUGGCGUUGUAUAGAACAAGGGUUUUAACCAUUGAUCAGAUGAUACCCAUCAUCACUAGAAUCAUAACAACAACAGAAGCUACAACUGCCCAUUCUCCACAAGAUACACAACUGGACAACAUCUUAAAAGCUACAACCAUAGAUGGACCUGUCAGUGAGUUCCAAGGGCGAAAGGUCUCGGUUUGGGACCUGCUCUUCUCUAGCUACAUCCCUGAAGAGAAGAGACAGGAGCUCCUGGAGCUGUACAGAGCUGGGAUAUUAACCACGGACCAGGUGAUAACCGUGGUCACCACCCUCAUUAAGAAAAAAGAAGCUACAAGCAGGAAAUUUGUGAUUAAUGUGAAAACUCCCAGCAAAGACACAAUGACCUUAGAGAAAGCUGAGGACGUUGACUUACAUGAAGAUAAAAAACUGGAAAAGGCCUUAAAGUCUACCCUGGUGGAGAUGCCGGGGGGCGAGUUCCAUGAGCAAAAGGUCUCGGUGUGGGACCUGCUCUUCUCUAACUACAUCCCCGAAGAGAAGAGACAGGAGCUCCUGGAGCUGUACAGAGCUGGGAUAUUAACCAUGGACCAGGUGAUAACUGUCGUCACCACCAUCGUAACCAAAAUAGGAGCAACAAGGAGAAAACUAGCAACAAAUGUGCACAGUCCAAGUGCAGAGAGGGCCCCAUUGCAGGAAGCUGAUGCUGCCUAUUCCGAGAGAAAUGAAAAUCAGGAAAUGGCCUUAAAGUCCACGACAGUCGACGGGCCAAGGGGCGAGUUCCAAGGGCCAAAGGUCUCUGUGUGGGAUCUGCUCUUCUCCAAAUACGUCCCUAAGGAAACAAGACAAGAGCUUCUAGAGAAACACAGAGCAGGGACGCUCACCACUGAGAAAAUGAUAACCAGCCUCACCACCAGUGCCUCACACGCUCUGGAGGAGGGUCUCUCUCCAGAUAACCAACAAAUACUGAAUCUCCUACAGUCUGAAUCCUAUGUGACAGUUGGCCAGUUCCAGGACCAAAGGGUUUCUGUCUGGGAACUUCUCUCCUCUAAAUGUGUCUCCCAGUACAAUCGGGAGGUGCACUUGGAUACAUACAAUGCAGGGAGGUUAGCUGUUAAUGAGAUUACAAUCACCACCACCGUCAUUACAGGAUCAGAGGGUAAGAAAGGGGCUGCCAGGAACUAG